UUGCCAAGCAGUUUGCUAAGGAGUUUUCGGGUCAGUUACCGGAAGAACCUGGGGCUCGGUUACCGGAAGAACCUAAAAGAGGUCAGUUUUGAAAACGGGUCGAGCCUACAGCUAUCCCUGGAUGAUUUCAGUCAAAGAGACACCAGUUUGAAGGCAGAUUUGAAGGCAAUAAACUUUGUCAAGCAGUUUGCUAAGGAGUUUUCGGGCCAGUUACCAGCAGAAGAACAACCUAAAACUAAAAAAAGCGGCUAUGGUGUGCGACAUGUUGUAGCAGGGUGUGUUGUCGGAGUAGGUGCUGUUGCUGCAGCUCCAUUUGUACUCACUGCUGUAGGAUUUACAUCAGGUGGAAUAGCAGCAGGAUCCAUUGCAUCAGGCAUGAUGUCUUCUGCAGCAAUUGCAAAUGGUGGCGCUGUUGCAGCAGGAAGUGGAGUGGCUGUUCUGCAGUCAGUUGGAGCUGCAGGGUUAGGAGCUGCAGGUACUGCUGCAGUUGGUGGUGCUGGUGCAGCAGCUGGGGCUGGUGCUUCUGGUGUAGCAGGUUUCUUUCAGAAUUACUUUAGAGGACGUGGAGACUCUACAACCGAGAACAAGACCUCCAAUACAACACAGGAGGAUGAUGAUUAUGAUAAUAAUGGUGAUGGGGAAGAUGGGGAUGGUUGUGCAAAUGCGAGGUCCUACACGGGAAGUGACUUUAAUUAA